UAUUCAAGUGACUUGACUCGAUCGAAUUGAUUCCAGAGCCUAAAAAGUAAUUAUAACCUGCAGGACUGAUCACACUUAUCUGUUGCAACAAUUCUACGACUUCUCGCGUACCCUCGCCCACUCAGGCGUUGUAUCAUAUCUGUAUAUUCGCGAGGAAUAUCGUACAACUCAAACAUGGCGAAUACCAUAGAGUUGGCCCAGACGGGCAAACGAGAUCAGCUAAUAGAGCUGGAGAAGAAAUAUCAAAAGAAAUGGCAGGAGGAAUGCCUGUUCGAAGUUAAUGCUCCAUCACCCGAUGAGCUGAAGGGCUUGUCACCUGCUGAAGUGCGGGAGAGAUACCCCAAGUGGUUUGGCAACUUCCCUUACCCGUACAUGAACGGCUCUUUGCAUCUGGGACACGCGUUCACCAUCUCCAAAAUCGAAUUUGCUGCUGGAUAUCAGAGACUGUUGGGCAAGCGUGUUUUGUUCCCUCAUGGUUUGCAUGCGACUGGCAUGCCGAUCAAGGCGGCCGCUGACAAAAUCAUUCGCGAGAUGGAGAUGUUCGGCCAAGAUUUCGAACGAUUUGAUGAAGAGGCACAAGAGGACAAACCUACAAAAGUGGCACCAAACGGCCCAGCUGCACCUACAGCGGCGGUCGGGAAAGCCACCAAGGGCAAAAUUGCUGCCAAAUCCACGGGACUGACGUACCAGUUCCAGAUCAUGUUGUCAAUCGGCGUCCCGCGCACAGAAGUCAAGAAGUUCGCCGAUCCCCAUCACUGGCUGGAACACUUUCCACCAAUUUGCAUGGAGGACAACAACGCCAUGGGAAAUCGCAUUGAUUGGAGACGUUCGUUUGUGACGACCGACUUGAACCCUUACUACGAUUCCUUCGUUCGAUGGCAAAUGAACAAGUUGCAUGCACUGGGAAAAGUGAAAUUCGGGGAACGCUACACCAUCUACAGCCCCAAAGACGGACAACCAUGUAUGGACCAUGAUCGGUCCGAUGGUGAAGGUGUCAAUCCCCAAGAGUACACUGGCGUAAAGAUGGAGGUCGUACAAUGGAGUCCAGCUGCGAAGGCCAUCGAAGGCCAAGUCGGUGGGCGGAAAGUAUUUUUGGUGGCUGCUACGUUACGUCCCGAGACCAUGUAUGGCCAAACCAAUUGCUUCGUCGGGACCUCCAUAAAAUAUGGUGUCUUUGCGAUCAACGACACGGAUGCAUUUGUGUGCACGUAUCGUGCAGCACGUAACAUGGCUUUCCAAGGUCUGUCACCUGAACGCGGCCAGACUCAACAGCUGCUGGAGAUAGACGGGGCGGCCCUGGUCGGCACAAAGAUUAAAGCGCCAUUCGGACUGGUUCCCGAGGUGUACGUACUACCCAUGGACAAUGUUUUGGCCACGAAGGGUACCGGUGUCGUCACAUCUGUGCCUUCAGAUUCCCCGGAUGACUUUGCAACCCUCACCGAUCUGCGCAAGAAGCCCGAAUUCUACAAGAUCGAUCGCGAAUGGGUAUCCAUUGAUCCGAUCCCCGUAUUAACGACUCCGACCUAUGGCGAGCUGACUGCGCCCCGCUUGGUCGAGAAACUGAAGAUUCAGUCACAGAAGGAUGUCAAGCAGCUGGCGGAGGCGAAGGAGAUCGCGUACAAGGAGGGCUUCUACAGUGGAUCGAUGUUAGUGGGCGAGUUCAAGGGUCUGUCCGUUCAAGAGGCGAAGCCCAAAGUGCGCGCAAGCAUGAUCGAACAAGGAUUGGCUUUCGCAUAUGCCGAGCCAGAGAACUUGGUCAUCUCGCGCAGCGCGGAUGAGUGCGUCGUUGCUCUGAUGGACCAGUGGUACAUGGACUAUGGAGAACCUGAGUGGAGAUCCCAAGCCGAAAUGUUGCUGGCGAAGAUGGAGACAUGGACGGUCGAGACUCGGAACUUGUUUGAAGCGACCUUGGCAUGGCUGAACCAGUGGGCGUGUGCUCGGACCUACGGCCUGGGAUCCAAGCUUCCUUGGGAUCCGCAAUUUAUGGUUGAAAGUUUGAGUGACUCGACUAUCUACAUGGCAUACUAUACUGUUGCACAUUUAUUGCACGGCGGCGACAUCUUCGGUCGGACACCUGGUCCUUUGGGCGUCACCGUCGAUCAGAUGACGGAUGAAGCCUGGGAAUACAUCUUUUGCAACGGACCAUGGCCAAAUCCGGAGCCGUUCCCGAAGGAAAAAGCUGACGCACUGAAGCACGAAUUUAACUACUUCUACCCUUUCGACAUGCGUUCCUCCGGCAAAGACUUGGUCCAGAACAACUUGACGUUUUUGCUAUACAACCACGCGGCAAUCUUCCCUGAAGACAAGUGGCCCCUGGGCAUCCGCACGAACGGGCAUUUGAUGCUAAAUGGCAAGAAGAUGUCGAAGAGCACGGGCAACUCACUGACGCUGAAGGAGGGUGUGCAGAAGUUCGGCGCUGAUGCGAUGCGAUUGUCGUUGGCGGAUGCUGGUGAUGGCGUAGAGGAUGCCAACUUUGACGAGAAGACUGCCAACGCAAAUAUCCUGCGCUUGCAUACGUUGAUGACCUGGUGUGAGGAAAUGUUCAAGGAUGAGUCCAACCUGCGUACUGGCCCCAAGAACUCCUACCAUGACCGUGUAUUCGAGGAGGAGAUUGUCGACCUGAUAAACAUCACCAAAAGUCAUUAUGAGGCGACCGCUUUCAAGGACGCUCUGAAGUUUGGUUUCUACGAGUUGCAGAGCGCCCGUGACUGGUACCGAGAAGUGACCGCCGACAUCGGGAUGCAUGCAGACUUGGUGAAAUACUGGAUCCGUGUUGCCACCCUGAUGAUCACGCCUUUCGCUCCUCACUUCGCGGAGCAUGUCUGGACGGAGCUGUUGAAGGAGCCUCGUUCCAUCCAGUUGGCUUCGUGGCCAGACCCAGGGCGCACCGCGGACAGGGCGAUCAUCGAGACAGGGGUUUACAUGCGUGGAACGCUGAAGACGAUCCGUGACGCGGAGAUCGCGUUGUUGAAAAGGAUGCAGAAAGGCAAGAAAGGCAAGGGCGGGGAAGCUGCAGUGUUUGACCCCAAGAAACCCAAGGCCGUCCGGAUUUAUGUGGCGACCAAGUUCCCCGAGUGGCAGGAGACGUGCGUGCAGGCUGUCAAGGACUCGUACUCGACAUCGGACGAUAAGGUAGACGACGCAAAAGUGCGAGAUAUCCUAACGGAGAAAGCGUUGAUCAAGGACAAGCACGCUAUGCCGUUCAUCCAGGCAUUUAAGAAACGAAUGACCGAGAUUGGUGCCAAUGCUGCAUUCCGGAGAACCUUGUUGUUCUCCGAGUCCGAGAUCUUGAGGGAGUUGAUGCCGUAUUUAAAGAAGUCUUUGGGCUUGGAAGACGUGGAAGUCUUCUCUGUCGAGGAGGCGUUGCAAAGAGAAGGCCCUGGUUUCACGCGCACUAUUAUAGAGUCCUCUGAACCUGGAAGCCCUGCAUUCGAGUACCGCAACGUAUAGUCCAUUCGUGCCCAUUUAUUCCAGGGAUACUAUCAUUGCACCCUACAGAUUGUAUUUUAUUUACGGUUCUAACAGCGUAAUCAAUGAGGUUUAU